AUCAUCGUAGGUGUUUUUACCUUUGUUUCGAUUUGAACCAACAACCCAAAAUUUCUUUCUUUUCUGUCUCCAUGUGUUAGUGUUCAAUCUCUAUCUCUGAAUAUCACCAAAAACGCCACCUUGUGUUCAGCUCCAAAGUCACCAUUUCAACCUCUCAUUUUUGCAUCCCCAUUUUUGCCCUAUGAAUGUGACCUUCAAACCCUAUUAUCCUCCAUUAUUUGUUUCCCUUUUCUACCCACCCUUUGUCUCCCUUUCUUCAACCCAAAUUUUAUAAGAAAAUGUGGAUGAUGGGUUACAGCGACAGUGGAGAUUUCAGCAUGCCGGAAUCCUUCAACAGCCGCCGCCUCCGCCCCCUCAUGCCCCGUCCUCUCACUUCCUCCGCCGCCUCUCCCAAUCCUUCUUGCGCUUUAGGCCGCAUCCAUGGAAAUGAUUUCGUCGCGUUUAAUCACCAUCUUGCAGCUAUGGCGGCGGAGCAAAGCAAGCGGGAAUUCAAUACGCACCAAGUUGUGGUGAGCUCGAGGUGGAAUCCGACGCCGGAGCAGCUACAGACCCUGGAGGAGUUGUACCGGCGGGGAACGAGAACGCCGUCCGCCGAUCAAAUCCAACACAUCACCGCGCAGCUCCGCAAGUACGGGAAGAUAGAAGGGAAGAACGUGUUUUACUGGUUUCAGAAUCACAAAGCGCGGGAGCGCCAAAAACGCCGCCGCCAACUCGAGUCCGCCGCAGCUGGUGGCGCCGCCACCGAUAAUGACCACCCAAACGUUAACAACACUAAUUGCAUGGAAAACACAGAAAGAAAAGAAUCAGGGGCAAAUAGGACAGGUUUUGAAGCCGAUCAACAACUCACCAAGAAUUGGCCAUCCCCUAGUACACUUAUUGCAGAGAAAAGUGGGUCAAUACAAAGGGGAACAAAAGCAGGAAUGAUGGCAGAAUGUAGAGCAGAAGGAUGGGUACAGUUCGAGGAUGGAGCAGAAAUAUUGCAACAAAGGAGGAGUCUGGACGAAAAGAAUGCCACGUGGCUUCAAAUGAUGCAAUUGUCAUCUCCCUCUCCUCCUCCGCCACCACCUACCCACCACCACCACCACCAUCUCAUCUCCGCCACCCUCCCGGCGGCUUCCUCGUCCGCCCCCACCGCCGCGGUUGCAACAACCAUGGACUACUACACCAAGCAACUCCUCAAGCUGCAGCCUCAAGAUCAUCAUCGUCAGCAUCAUCUCAACUUCUUCCUAGACCUACCUAAUUACAAAGAUCAUGUCGAUAGCCACGGCGGCGAGUCCCAAACCCUUCAGCUCUUCCCUCUUAGAAGCGGCGGCACUGAAAAUGAAAACGACAAGGACACGGCGGAAGCCGCCAUGAACACCACCUUCGUAAACCCUCAUUACCAGUUCUUUGAGUUUCUUCCGCUCAAGAAUUGAAAAGUCCAAAAAUUCCCAAAAGUAAAAAAAAUUAAUGGUUGAGAUGGAUUUGAUGUAACAAUUCAUGGGAAGAAUUGAGGAUGAUGACAAUGAAAAGCUAGCUAGAUUAUAGUAGUGGUAUUAGUAGUAAUUUCAUAGGUGUUAAACGUUGACAGUAGUGAGUAGGUCAUGUGUUAUCUAUGUUUAGAUUUGAUAUUUGGGUGUUCACUUUAUGAGAGAGAGAGAGAGAGAAAAGGAGAGAGAGAGACAGAGAGAGAUGAGAGUCCCAAUGAGGUGGCUGUAAUGGAAUUUGAUGUUCAAGGGUUUGACUGACUCAAUGUUUCAAAAUUGGAAUAUAAUAUAAUAAUGUUUAAUCAACA